GACAGUGUUUUGGAGCAUAGAUGCUUCGUAUUGUAUGGAACUGAUGUUACAGGAAGUAACAAAGAUAGGCUGGAUAGAAGAAGCGUUGAAGAAGACAAAAAUGUUGGUCCAAUUUAUCUACAGCCAUGCUACGGUCCUGAAGCUUCUAAGAGAUGCUUUCCCUGAGGUCGAGCUUGUAAAGUCUUCCAAAAUAAAGGCAAUUGUGCCUUUUUUGACUCUGGGAAACAUCAUCUCACAGAAAAACGGGUUAAUUAGGAUGUUUCAGUCGUCUACUUGGCAAACCUCACUCUUGGCUUCUACGAGUGAGGGGAAAGGAAUGUCCGAAAUGAUUAAAGAUGAAUCAUUUUGGACUGAGGCUUUGAUGGCUGUAAAAGCAACCAUUCCGCUUGUGGAAGUUAUAAAGUUUCUGAAUGGUACUAAUAAGGCACAAGUUGGUUUUAUACAUGAUACACUUGAUCAAGCUAAAGAAACCGUCAGAAAGGAGUUCGAACGCACGAGAUUCUGUCAUGCAAAAAUCUGGAAUGCGAUAGAUGACACAUGGAACAAAUAUCUGCACAGUCCUCUCCAUGACGCGGGUUACUAUUUGAACCCAACCUUUUUUCAUUCAAGUAAUUGGUGCCUUAAUGUGAAGAUUUCCGAUGGUCUUUGCUCUUGUAUUACUGGCAUGGCAGAAGAUCGUCGUAUAAAGGAUUUGAUCACACAGCAAAUUGGCACAUUUGAUUUUUUAAGUUCCAAAGAGAUUCUAUCAGAUAUUUCCCCAGGACAUUGGUGGUCAAAAUAUGAAGUUGAGUUUCCCGAACUUGAAAGGCUUGCUGUUCGGAUCCUUAGUCAGACGUGCAAUGGUGCUUCACAUUAUAGGCUGAAAAGGAGCUUGGUUGAGACAUUGCAUAGAAAAGGGAGGAAUCAGAUAGAGCAGCAGAGGCUGAGUGACUUGGUAUUUGUCCAUUGUAAUUUGCAAUUGCAGGCAUUUGAUCCCGAAGGAGAAAAUGAUAUUGCAGAGGAUGUUGUUGACUCCAUGGAUGAGUGGAUAGUCGGAAAAGGGGAAAAUUUGGUGUCUGAAAACACUCAACUUACAUGGAUGGACUUGGACUUGGAAUAGGCAAGCACAAAAGGAAAGGAAAAAGUUAAUUACAUAAAGGAGGAAGCGGAAGAGUAGACAAUUUUAUUUA